UCCCAUUUGAGUGUCUUCUCCAAUCAAUAAGGAAUCCCUCUCUCUCUCUCUCUCUCUCUCUCUCUCUCUCUCUCUCUCUCACACACACACACACACACACACACACACACACACACAUGGCAAGAGUAUUAGAACCCUUGAUUGUUGGGAGAGUGAUAGGAGAUGUUCUUGAUUCUUUCUCUCCAACCACACAAAUGUCUGUGACUUAUGGCAAUAGACAAGUCUUCAAUGGUCAUGAGUUCUAUCCUUCCACAGUCACCACUAGACCAAGGGUUGAGGUUUGUGGUGGUGAUAUGAGAACAUUUUACACAUUGGUGAUGACUGACCCUGAUGUCCCUGGCCCCAGUGAUCCAUAUCUCAGGGAGCAUAUACACUGGUUAGUCACUGACAUUCCAGGGACAACUGAUGUCACAUUUGGAAGGGAAUUAGUAAGCUACGAGAUCCCGAGGCCGAAUAUAGGUAUCCACAGGUUUGUGUUCGUUCUUUUCCAGCAGACAGCCAGACAAACUGUAAGUCCACCUGCUUCGAGGGAUCACUUCAGCACUCGAAGUUUUGCUGCAGAGAACAAUUUGGGCCUCCCAGUUGCUGCCGUUUUCUUCAAUGCACAGCGAGAUACAGCUGCACGAAGGCGCUAGCUACCUUCGGUAGCUUUAUCAUGCUUUGUUUGCUACAAUAAAGUUUUCUAGUGCACGUUUGGACCAUACUAUUGGAUAGAACUCGACCGUAUGAAUAAGACUGUAGCCUUCUUCCAUAAAUGCUACUCAUGUUUCCUAUACGACGAUAUUGUAAUUUGUAUGUAUAAAUAGGAAAAAAGGCUCUCAUUUUGUGCA